AUGACCUUCUCUUCAAUGCCGGUAGGCCUGCGGAGGAUCCUGAAGAUUGCAGUCAUCAUUUGUCGUGACUGCAGAGUCGAGGGGAAGCGGCCUGCAGUGAUUGCCAUGGUGAAGGGCCAACCGGCAGAGGCUCGACGGCCGGAGGAAUCCUCCGAGGAGGAGAAGGAGCACUUCAUUCAGAAGCGGCGGCUCUUGGUGAUGGACAAGUCUUUAGACUUCGGCGUGCUCUUCCCCCAGGUGGAUGCAUUAAUCCUUCAUGGUGGUUUGGGCGUGACCAGUGAAGCCUUGUUGGCUGGAAAGCCUGCCAUCACCAGCGGCAUCCUUCUCAUGGACCAGCGCUACUGGGCAGCCCGGCUGAAUGAACUGGGCUGUGGAUCUCAGGGCAUUAGUGUGGAUGACUUGAUGAGUGCGACUCCCGGGUUGGUGAACCUCAUCCAUCAAGCGCUCCUACCUUCCAUUGAAGGUGGUAGCUCCUGGAUGGCACGCGCCAAAGAAGUGCAAGACCAGAUCCAGGGCUAUCGUGGCGCCUACGUCGUGAUGGAGUUCAAGAGACUGGAGGAGUGGAGAGCUUAUCGUCAAACCUUCACACGCCCCACCGAGGAGUACUUCCUCCGUGACAGGCAAGUUCUCAGAUAUGCAGAUAUGGAUCUUCAAGUGAGGCAUAGUUCUGGAAAUGAGAAAGUCCUUGCAGACGACGUGGACAACGGCGAGGCCUUACCGGAGGAAGCCGAAGCAUGCGAGGAUGUGGAGCUUCACCGGUUACGAGGAUGGUCACCAUGCGAUGGUUCUUAG